AUGAACGCACAAUUUCUGCGUGAAUACAAACUCGUCGUCGUCGGUGGUGGUGGAGUGGGCAAAUCUGCCUUGACCAUCCAAUUCAUUCAGAGCCAUUUUGUCGAUGAGUACGACCCGACAAUCGAAGACUCCUACCGCAAGCAAUGCCUCAUUGAUGAGGAGGUCGCUCUUCUCGACGUGCUGGACACGGCUGGGCAGGAGGAGUACAGCGCCAUGCGCGAGCAAUACAUGAGGACUGGAGAGGGUUUCUUGCUCGUUUACAGCAUCACCUCUCGCAACUCAUUUGAUGAGAUCUCUACCUUCCACCAGCAGAUCCUCCGCGUAAAGGACAAGGACUACUUCCCCGUCAUCGUCGUAGCAAACAAGUGCGAUCUCGAGUACGAGCGUCAAGUGGGCUCGCACGAGGGUCGCGAGCUGGCCAAGCACUUCGGCUGUCGCUUCAUCGAGACGUCGGCCAAGCAGCGCAUCAAUGUCGACGAGGCCUUCUCCAACCUGGUGCGCGAGAUCAGGAGAUUCAACAAGGAGCAAGCUGUCGGCCGUCCUGGGGCAGGCGGAGGGAUGGGAGCUGGUGGCGCUGGGGGAAUGGGUGGAGCGGAUAAGUCAAAGAGGGGGGCAGAUGCUGGUGGGCAUGGGAGUGGGUGCUGCAAGGGAUGCAGAGUGAUGUGA